CGUGCAGGGGCAGGUGAAGCUCCGAGGGGCAGAAACCAUUCUUCAUUCAUCUCGUUUUAAACACAAGGAAGUGCAGCUCUUGGAAGCUCUGAAAUGUAAAUGUCGGAGCUCAGGAGUGUGUCGCCAUCACCAUCAUCUUCAUCAUCUUUAAAACCAUCAUCCUCAUCCUUAUCCUCCUCCUCUAGAUCAUCAUCAUUAUUCUCAUCACCACUACGGGACAGUGAGGACGGCAGGAAACAAGUAGAGGAGCUCGGAAGGAACUCAGUGUAGGAGACAUGCUGCGAGCUGUGAGUCUGACUCGGACCGAGUCCUGCUGUACAUCACCACCGAGCUGGAUCUUCUCCAAUUCCAGCUCCUGAUAGAUCGGUGCGUGUGUGUGUGUGUGUGUGUGUGUGUGCUCGCGCAAAGAAAACCGGAAACACCCAUCCGCAUCCUGCUCAGGAGCUGGAGUCUGUCCUGUAGCGCGCAACCAGCUGCUCCAGCGACCGAGAAGAAGGAGUUGGACAUCAGGAGAAUCUGGGUGGAGUGGAGUGAGGUGGAGUUUCUUCUCUUCGCUUGCUCUUCAUUCCAAAGCAUCAUGCUGGACUAGAGCUGGAUGAGAAGACACUUUUCACCAUGAACACGAACGGCCCCUACCAGCACCCCAGCUAUGGUGAAGGACGUAGAGGUUCUUUUGCCCAAGACACCAUCUCCUGCUUCCGAUGUGGUGACAUUUGCAAGGGAGAAGUGGUGCGCGUGCAGAACGUCCACUUUCACAUCAAGUGUUUCACCUGCCAGGUGUGCGGCUGUGACUUGGCCUGUUCCGGAUUCUUCCAGCAGGCUGGUGAGUACAUCUGCACCGCGGACUACCAGCGGCUUUACGGCACUAAGUGUGACAGCUGCGGGGAGUUUAUCAGCGGGGAGGUGGUCUCCGCUCUGAGCCGAGCCUACCACCCAAAGUGCUUCGUUUGCACUAUCUGCAGGAAGCCGUUCCCCAUCGGAGACAGGGUGACCUUCUGCGGGAAGAAGUGUGUGUGUCAGCAGUGCUCACACACACUCGUCAGCAGCAACGAGCCCGUCAAGAUCCACGGGCCGAGUCACUGUGCAGGCUGUAAGGGAGAGAUAACCCACGGUCAGUCUCUACUCGCGCUGGAGAAACAGUGGCACAUCAGUUGCUUUAAGUGUCAAACCUGUGGCACAGUCCUGACCGGAGAGUACAUCAGCAAAAACGGUAUUCCGUACUGCGAGGCAGAUUACCACAGGCAGUUCGGCAUCAGGUGCGAGACGUGCCACGGAUACGUCAGCGGAAAAGUGCUGGAGGCCGGUGGGAAACAUUAUCACCCGACUUGUGCUCACUGUGCACGCUGUCACAUGACGUUCAGUGAAGGAGAAGAGAUGUACCUGGCAGGUUCAGAGGUGUGGCAUCUGAUGUGUAAGCAGGUGGCAAGAACAGAGAGAAAGCUCAGGCUCAGACGCACCUCAGAGGCCUCCAUCUCUCCUCCCGGCUCCAGUAUAGGAUCUCCCAGCCGGGUCAUUUGUUCUCUGGGAAGUCUCUCGGUGUACUCUCAGGAUUUUUACGACAAUUUGGACCUCAGGAAUCGACGUUCCUCCAGCCCAGGAUACAUCGACUCACCAACUUACAGCCGUCAGGGAACAUCUCCUGCUGUUCCACGUUCUCCUCAGCUCUACUACCGCUACGGCGGUGGUAGCGGCAGGAGUUCUCCCUCUUACAGCCAUCUCGACGCCAUGUCCAAUAUGUCCACCUUGUUCCAAACACCCAAGCAUUUCCAUGUCCCAGAUGACGGCGAAUACGAAGCUGCGAAGAAUAAAACCAACGAAGAUAUUCUGUCUUCCCCAAUUCCAUCUCCGGAUCACUACCAGCACUUCUACCAGAACAGCGGCUCACCCAAAGUUCCUCGAGCUCGCAGGUUCUCCUCAGGAGGAGAAGAAGACAGCUGGAGUCAGAGCAUUAACAGAAUCCAGGCCGGGAUCGGGAGGAUGAUCUUGAAGGAGGAGAUGAAGGCCCGCGCUGGUUCCUACAACAACGACCCUUGGGCCAGUGCACGCAACUCUCGCAGUGGGAGCAAAGAGACUCUGUCCGGUCUGGGCUACAGUAACACUGUUAACGGCUCCCUCAGAUCGCAGUACAGUGCAGACAGUGAUCCAUUCAUCUCGAAAUCAGCUUCAUUGCCAGGGUAUGGCAGGAAUUGUAUAAACAGGCCACACAGCGCCGAUUACUUCCACUACGACAGCACCGGUGCCGUAAACUGGGGAUUCAGAGAAUACAAGAUUUAUCCGUAUCAGGACCUCAUCGUCACGGUUCGAGGGCGUAACGCGCUGCCUGGUGACGUGGACAGGACCAGAUUAGAGAGACACCUGUCACCUGACGAGUUCUUCCGGGUGUUUGGGAUGACGAUGGCCGAUUUCGAGCGCUUGGCAUCAUGGAAACAGAACGAGCUGAAGAAGCAGGCGAGGCUGUUCUAGAACCUUCAGAUGUCACCUCAGGACCAACGCCCAGGCGGCUCUCAAAGGUUCAAGCAGGACAUCAUGAAGCCUUCAGCUGAUUCACAAAUGUGAACCUCGAACAGCUUCAUAAACACUGUGUGUACACAUGUGUGUGUGUGUGUGUGUGUGUGUGUGUAUACAUGUGUGGUUUGACUUUACCUCCUGCAGCAUCCUUCAGGUUGAAACAAAUGGAAGAACUUUAUACCUUAUUUGAGAGAAAGUGAGGUUACACCAGCGAGUGUGAGAAGAGAACGUCUGAGGAACGUCGUGUGGAUGGAGGUCUUUUACAGCCAUUACUUGUGUAAAUUUAGCAAAAACCAAAGUCCAAAAGGAGUUUAGAGUGUUUCGAACCACACACACACACACAGAGAAGAUCUGAUCUGUCCGUUUUCUUCUUCGGUGGAUGGAGGCAGAAGAAAAUGUAUUAAUGAGUUUAAUGGAUCAUGUUUAUGGAGAUGAGAUUUUUAUUUUUUUUUCGUUCCAUUUUGCCUUAUCUUAAGAACAGCCUCGUUUAUCAAUCAAACGUUUAUUCCACCACAAAUCAGACGCGUUCAUUUCACCUUUACGUCUCGAUUGUGUGCUUUUUGAACAUCUGAGUCCACAUGCUAUUAUAAUGAGCGCCACUCUUCUGGGAAGAUUUUUGUGGAAAUUCAUUCAUCCACAUGGGUAAAGUUAAAGUCAGGUGGUGAUGUAGGUGAGAAGGUGAGGAGGUCUGGGGGUGCAGCCAGCGUUCAUAUUCAUCCCAAAGGUGUUCAGUAAGAGAUCUUCCACUCCAAACUCAUGGAAAGUAGAGCUUCAUGGAGCUGGCUUUGUGCACAGGAGCAUCAUGAUGUUGGAACAGGUUUGGGUCUCCUAAUUCAAGUAAAGGGGACACUGUUGUGCUCCCGCAUCCAGAGGGAUGUGUCGAUUUCAUUGUUCCAUCAUCAGAAAGUCCGACCUUCAUAAAACUUAUUUAUCAAAAUAAAAGUGGUGAUCAGAAGCAGGUUUACACACAGCCAUGUUUUAUUUCAGUUCAUUCUUCUGCUUUAUUUCUGCAGCUUCUGAAAAACAGUGUAACAGCAGAGUCUCUAUGACAUCAUGUUCAUUCCUUUGAUCCUAAUUUUUUAUCUUUCCUUUUUUCAUCACCGUCUCAUGUUCUGCUUAUAGAUAUUAGUUGAGGACGUCUCGCCUUUUUUAGACCCGAUUACGAUUAUAGAGUUGAAAAAGCUGUAAAGGAAAAUACUGUGUUCAUUUUAUUGAAGUAAAAUGUUUAAACAAUU